AAAAAAGAUAUAAGCUGUCAUAAAUGGUAAAGUUAGCAAUGCUGCAGUGAUGUCUGGCUGAGCUGAGUCGACUCAUCCCUGGCUGUGGACUCGACUCAUCACUGCCAGACAGGGCCUGAUCAAACUUGCAUGGCUGCUCAGGUUGCUGAGCAAGUGGAAAACCUGUUGAUCUGAAACAGAUUUCCCAAAAAGGAAGAAUCGACCGGUUUGAUCUGCAGUUCUCUCCUACUCCUUUUCCCGAUUCUUCCUCCUGUGUUCUGUCCACUCUUGACUGAACAGUAACCAUGAAGUUGGCCAGUUUUGGAAGAAUGCUGGUGCGUCGCCGCGUGCUGGACACUAACGAUGAAGAAACCCGCUUCGCCCGCUGCCUCACUACUCUGGACCUCAUCGCUCUGGGCGUUGGGGCGACUCUCGGGGCUGGUGUGUACGUCCUCGCCGGGGAGGUGGCCCGGGAAAAGGCCGGUCCCGCCAUUGUGCUUUCCUUCCUGAUUGCAGCUCUGUCCUCUGUUCUCGCUGGUCUCUGCUACGCUGAAUUCGGUGCACGGGUACCCAAGACGGGGUCCGCUUAUCUGUACAGCUACGUAACUGUGGGUGAAAUCUGGGCCUUUAUCACUGGAUGGAACCUUAUACUCUCUUAUGUGAUCGGCACUGCCAGUGUGGCACGAGCCUGGAGCUCCACCUUUGACAACCUAGUGGAGCAGAAGAUCUCCACCUUUUUCAAUGGAUCGAUGGCCCUUCCAGAUACUGGGGGUGUGCUGGCAAACUAUCCAGACCUGUUCGCGCUUGUUCUAAUUCUUUUGCUCACUGGCCUGCUGGCGUUCGGCGUGAGUGAGUCAGCGCUGGUGAACAAGAUCUUCACAGGGAUCAACCUGGUGGUGCUGGGGUUUGUCAUCAUCUCUGGCUUUGUGAAGGGCGACACUGCCAACUGGAACAUAUCUCUGGAGGACAUCCAAAACAGAAGCCUGCUGGUGCCUCCGAAUACUAAAUUUGGAAAUGGUGGAUUUGCACCAUUUGGCUUUUCUGGGAUCCUUUCUGGUGCAGCGACCUGCUUUUAUGCGUUUGUGGGUUUUGACUGCAUCGCCACUACGAGUGAAGAAGCCAAGAACCCACAGCGCUCUAUACCAAUAGGCAUAGUGGCUUCGCUGCUCAUCUGCUUUGUUGCUUACUUUGGCGUGUCUGCAGCCCUCACCAUGAUGAUGCCUUACUACCUCCUGGACACUGAUAGCCCACUGCCCGAAGCCUUCAAAUAUGUGGAAUGGGACCCUGCUCGCUACAUAGUGGCUGUGGGAUCUCUUUGUGCCCUUUCCACCAGCCUCUUGGGCUCCAUGUUCCCCAUGCCUCGUGUGAUCUUCGCCAUGGCUGAGGACGGUCUGCUCUUCCGCUCCCUCUCCCGCAUGCACAAGAAAACCAAGACUCCCGUGCUGGCCACUAUUGCAUCUGGCGUUGUUGCAGCUUUGAUGGCCUUCAUUUUCUCUCUGGAUGCCUUGGUGGACCUCAUGUCGAUUGGGACCUUGUUGGCCUACACGCUUGUGGCAGUGUGUGUUCUCAUUCUCAGGUACCAGCCAGGCAGCAUCAGCUCCAGCGCUGACAGUAAGAUGACGGAGAUGGAGCGUCUGACGGGGAAGGACACCAUGGCUGAUGGAGACAGUGGAGAUGAGCAUGGAGGAGAGCUGGAGAAAACGCCACUGCAGGGAUCCUUCUCCCCCAGACUUCUGCUCCUGCCCAGCUCCCAGUCCCCCACCAAAAUCUCCGGCCUCAUCGUUUACGCCACCACUGCUGUCGCCUGUGUGUUCUUCACCAUGCUGUGUAUAGUGUUGGCACUGUGGGGUGACAUGGUCAUAAAGGGACACCCAAUUUGGGUCACUGUGACGGUUAUUCUGGUUAUUCUCUCCUGUAUCUGUGUCGUCAUCAUCUGGAGACAGCCCCAGAGCAGCGAGGCCAUUACCUUCAAGGUGCCUCUGCUUCCUGUGUUGCCAUUGGUCAGUAUUUUUGUGAACAUCUACCUCAUGAUGCAGCUGGAUGGAGCAACUUGGCUUCGUUUCACAGUAUGGAUGGUUCUAGGUUUUGUGAUCUACUUUUUGUACGGAAUCAGAAACAGUUCUCAAGCCAAGAAGAACUCCGAGCCCAUCCUGCAGGGAAAGAAACAGAUCUAUUCUGGGGAGGGGGACAGUGAAGUCGAAGGCGGCACACCUUAAGAUAGAGAGGUGAAAUUAAUCCAGUGGAUCAUUUACAACUGUGGGAAUCUUUCAUUCAUUACACAUCAUAUUGCUGUGUAACUUGUGAAAAGUGGCUUUAUGGACCACUUAGUUAUGCCUUAUUUUUGGAUAAAUUAUUGAUUUCUAUGUCUGGUAUUUUUUGUUUUGAGUCUGUAUGUAAAAGGUCUUGUCAAGCAGUAACUUCAUACUUGAAUACAUUCAUAUACAGCUCUGGAAAAAAUUAAGAGACCAUUUCAGUUUCUGAAUCAGUUUCACUGAUUUUGUUAUUUAUAGGUUAAUGUUUGAGAAAAAUGAACAUUGUUGUUUACUUUUUUUAAACUACGGACAACAUUUCUCCCAAAUUCCAAAUAAAAAUAUUGUAAUUUAAAGCAUUUAUAUGCAGAAAAUGAGAAAUGAUGCAGAAAUCAAUAUUUGGUGGAAUAACUUCUUAGCAUGUUCUCCUCCACCAGUCUUACACACUGCUUUUGGAUAACUUUAUGCCUUUACUCCUGGUGCAAAAAUUCAAGCAGUUCAGUUUGGUUUAAUGGCUUAUGACCAUCCAUCUUCCUCUUGAUUAUAUUCCAGAGGUUUUUAAUUUGGUAAAAUCAAAGAAACUCAUCAUUUUUAAGUGGUCUCUUAUUUUUUUCCCAGAUCUGUAUAUGUAUAUCUAUAUAUAGUGGUACCACAUUAAAGUGUAUUACUUCUGAACAAUGUUCAGCAAGUAUCACACAACAACUCGAUCCAAAAAAACAGAUCAAUCCAUCGAUGCUGCUAUCUCUCAGUGUUUCUGUUAUCUGUUACAGUCGACAAGUCAUUUGCAGUUAUACCUUAGUAAUGCAGUAAACAAUCAUUUCUAGGAAAAUGAAUUUUAUCUGACCUACGAAUGUAGAUGUUUUGAGUGGAUGCACUAUAUUCAUGUCUUUACACAAUGUUUUCUAAACACAGAUAUUAUCUUAAUAACUUACCGUAUUUUUCACACUAUAAGACAAAAUUAAAAUCCUUUCAUUUUCCCAAAAACCGUCAGUGCGCCUUAUAAUCUGGUCUGUCUUAUAAUACCAGUCUGGUAUUAAGAAGCAGUAAAGUUGUUUCCCUAAAGUACAGUGUUAUAAAGGAGUUUCAGUAAAGUUUCUCCAGCACCAAGGCUGGAGCAGUAUUAGCAUUAGCAUCUAACUACAGCUAGCGAGCACUGCGGCUAACUGCGCUACAAUACUUGAAAUCUAAGCUUGCUGUAAAUAAACAGAAGAGCUUUACUCACCCAAAUAAACAGUUUUUAGGAGAGAAAUGUUUUUAUUAAGAAUAAAAAAACGGCGAGACCUGCGGAAUUAGCGAAACCCAUGUUCCUUACUGUUGUCGCUUAAUAUACGCCUUAUAACCUGGUGCGCCUUAUAGACCAGAAAAUAGACGUUCAUUGAUAGUGCGUUUUAUAGUCUCUAAAGUACAAUAUGUAAAAAAAUAAAAUAAAAAUGAAAUAAUGCAAUUUGCAAUUUCAAAAAGUCACACACUUCAUACUCAUAUAUAUAUAUAUAUUUGAAAAAUAUUUAAAAAUAGACUUGAGUGUUAUUUAUUUCAUGGAUAUUGAUAUAAAUAUAUAUUUGUUUAAUUAGACGAAUAUUUAUGUAUGUGAGCAAAAUUAUUCUAUAGAGUGCCCUAUUAUUUUUAUGUAAAUCUAGUAUUUCUAGAAUCAGAUGAACAGACUAUGUGUAAUCAUAUGAACUGAAGUCUAAAUGUUUAUUAAAUGAGUGAAGACCAAUUACUGCUUCUGUGGGAUUGUUUAUGGUUGUUCAGAAACAGCGAGGUACUAAGAAAUGUAUUUAUAUUUUUACUGUGUAUUGUAAUCUUUUAUAAUUUUUGUAAUUUUUAUUUAAUGGAGACAGCAGACAGUACAGGACUUUGUAAGGAAACACAAGUUAAUAAGACUUUAUUCCCAAAACCUACAGCGUUUGUAAAUAAAUAAAUAAAUAAAUACAUAAAUUAUGUAUUUGUUGUGGUACACACAGUAUAACUACAUAUCAAAUGAUUUGUCAGUCUUUCUGUGUAAUUUCUGUUUAUAUUCUCACUGCCUUCUUUGUUUAGUCUAAAUGGCCUUGCCAGUUUUGCAUAUAUAGGAUAUUUUCUUGGGAUGUUUGUAUGUCACUGUAUUUAUUGUAUAGGAGAUGUUCAACAGCCUACAUUUAUGUUUAAUGUCUGUUUAACACAGAAACAUUUCUUGUAAAAUGUAAAAUGUUGAGUGAACAUGUUAAUUUUGUCUGUCUCUUGCCUUUUUACAUGUUUUAGGGAAUUUUGUAAAUUAUGUUUUAAUUAUGCUGUACAUAUUUUUACUUUCAUUAAGCAAGUGCUUCCAUAAUCAGACAUUUUUCAAUGUUCAAAUAAAGAAUUGAGGAAAA